UGGCGACGCGAAGCCUCGGAUCAAUCUGAGAAUUUCUCUCUCUCAAGAACUUCUCUCUCUUUUCAAACGCCUUUCCCUUCCGCAACCUUCCCAGAUUUGACAGCUUGAUCUUCAUGAAUUCAAAAGCUACUGAAACAUCCGUGGUUUCCUGUAAUUCGGGAAACAACAGUGACCUCUGCUUCUUCUGGAUUUUGUUUUGCUUGUUGCCGAAAUUCUUGGGAACUCCUUUUGCAUACGUCAGCUUCCUGUUGAUUAAGGCCAUUGAUCGAAGCCCCUCUGCUUUUGAGGAGAUUAACCUAUAGCCACGAUUGAACUGGCUAUCCUUUCUGCAGUUUUGGAACCAUAAUAUAUACUUGGCAACAUGGUUUCCUCUCAGCUUUCUGGUUUGGCGAAGAACGGCUAUUGUACACCACUUCAGACCCAGUUUCUGUUUCUGAAGAACCCCAUGGAUUCUGUAGUUUCAGAUCAUGUUGAACUAGAUUUCUCUGAUGUAUUUGGUCCUGUAUCUGUUCAGGCACCGAAAGAAGUAAUUUAUGGUGAUUCAGAUCUCUCUGUCAUUGUUGAAGAGUCGAAUGAGAUUGUGUAUGAUGACCCAGUAGUAAUUUUCAACCGCUCACAUUCUCUGGUUGGCCCAUCAUCUUGUGUGAGUCAAUCCUUGAAGCUCAGUAAGCUCACCAUACACGAGACGGAGGACAUAGAUGAACACCUAAAGUGUGUCGAUGGAAAGACGGCCAAGGGAAUUCACGAACUCUCUAGUGACGAUGGUUUCACUGAGAAAUCUCCUCAGGAAGUUGAUGGUGAUUCCAUGAAGGUCGAAACUGUGGGGAUUGAAGAUUUUGAGGUUUUGAAGGUGGUUGGCCAGGGUGCAUUUGCAAAAGUAUAUCAAGUGAGGAAAAGGGGGACAUCAGAAAUAUAUGCAAUGAAGGUUAUGAGGAAGGACAAGAUUAUGGAGAAGAAUCACGCUGAAUACAUGAAAGCUGAGAGGGAUAUAUUAACUAUUAUAGACCAUCCCUUCAUUGUCCAACUCAGAUACUCAUUCCAAACUAAAUAUAGACUUUACCUUGUGUUGGAUUUUGUUAAUGGAGGUCACCUGUUCUUUCAGCUCUACCACCAAGGCCUUUUUAGAGAGGAUCUGGCACGUAUAUAUGCAGCUGAGAUUGUUUCUGCAGUUUCUCAUCUCCACGCAAAUGGCAUAAUGCAUAGGGAUCUUAAACCUGAAAAUAUCUUAUUGGACGCAGACGGCCAUGCCAUGUUGACUGACUUUGGGCUCGCUAAGCAAUUCGAAGAGAAUGAAAGGUCUAAUUCCUUGUGCGGAACUGUAGAGUAUAUGUCACCUGAAAUUGUUCUUGGAAAGGGCCACGAUAAGGCUGCAGACUGGUGGAGCGUAGGAGUCCUAUUAUUUGAGAUGCUUACUGGAAAGCCUCCUUUUACUGGAAGCAGGGAGAAGAUUCAGCAGAAGAUAGUGAAGGAUAAGAUCAAGUUGCCUACAUACUUAUCAAGUGAAGCACAUUCUCUGUUGAAAGGGCUGCUACAGAAAGAUGCUAGCAAGCGCUUAGGCAGUGGAGCCCGAGGGAGUGAAGAAAUCAAGAGCCACAAAUGGUUCAAGCCAAUCAACUGGAGGAAACUGGAGGCUCGGGAAAUCCAACCAAGUUUUCGACCCGAAGUCGCUGGGAAACAGUGUGUUGCCAACUUUGAGAAGCACUGGACUGACAUGCCACUCGUAGAUUCUCCAGUUGCUAGUCCAGUUGGAGGUGGAAACUUCACCGGCUUUUCUUACGUGAGGCCUGCAGCCUCUUUUCUUAGGAGGGAGGGCUCUCUCUUCUAGUGAUGCCCUUUAUUUGCCCCCAAGAUCAAGUUAUAUGGGGAAUUGUUUCCCCCUUUUUUCCCAAUUUAUGUGUAACCGUUAUCAUAGGCUUGAAACCUGUACUCAUUUUCUAAAAGAUGCCAAGUCUCAACUGUUUUUCUUCGAAUGUCUAUGGACUGCUUCGUGCCAGUUGCUUGGCUACUUUAUGUUGGUAAACACAUUUGCAUAUGAGUGCUACUUUUUCUUUUUUCUUCCC